AUAUGUAAUUUGUAAGCAUGCACAUACAGAAUUAAGCAACUACGUGGAAGCUCGCUUCCUCUUCUCCUAGGUUCAGUCAUAUCACCCCACAGAUUCUUACUUCUAUAAAUACCUUAUCUGAUUACAUUAUCUUCCAUCGAAUCCUCUGCUUCGAAAUUUGAAAUACCACCAACUUCCCCAAACAUUUCAAUUAACUCGAGACUGUGUGCAUGGGAGAGCCCAAUUCCAGCAGCAGCACUGUCUACGGUGCUGCAACUUCUGCCUACAGAGGCGUCCGCAAGCGAAAAUGGGGCAAGUGGGUGUCUGAAAUCCGCGAGCCGGGGAAGAAAACCCGAAUUUGGUUAGGGAGCUUCGAGACCCCCGAGAUGGCUGCCGCGGCAUACGACGUGGCAGCUUUGCAUUUCCGAGGACGUGAGGCCAGGCUCAACUUCCCGGAACUUGUCAACUACCUGCCACGCCCUGCCAGCUCGAGCCCCGACGACAUACGCAUGGCUGCGCAUGAAGCGGCUUUAAGGCUGAGGAGUAAUGAUGGUGACACUACUAAUUCUUUGGGGGCAGCAGGUCAUUGUGACGUUGGGAGCUCUAGCUCGAGCGGGGUGGCUCCGGUGACGGUGAGGCUGUCACCGAGUCAAAUUCAGGCAAUUAACGAGUCUCCCUUGGACUCGCCCAAGAUGUGGAUGCAAAUGUCUGAGGCCCUUAUGUUUGAGGAAUCCAUGAUGUUCUCUAAUGACUUCGACGAUGAGGGCAUGAAUAGUAAUCAAUGGGAGAAUAUUCAACAAGAUUCUCUGUGGGAUCCUUAGGAGCCCAGUUACCGGUCUCGCUUGCGCUUCCCCCACACUAAAGCAGCUGCACUGCUGUCAAAGAAAAAAAAAAAAAAAAGGCUUGAAGACGCAAGACACUAGAAGGCAGAAAG